AUGCAAUUUGUGCUGGUUUGCCUACUUGGAUUCGUCUCUCUUGUCGCCGCUUCGCCUAUUUCCGGAAGAACAACAAGGGAUAUUGACGAGGGUGGAGUGCCAAUUCAUGUUGACAAUCGAUCUGGCGAGAAAGUUGAUAUUGUGAAGAAUGGAGAUGGAGUCACUGUAAAGAUUGGAGACGAUCCAAACCCGACCACCGGAACAUUCCAAACUCCGUGGGGACCGGUCACUUUGAUCACAAGUGGAAAGACAACUCUGAACGUGAACUUCACUCCUAAACACAUGAAUAUUGUCGUUGGAUUGGCCCCUGAGGAAUGGACUGGAGAGAUGGAA